AUGGAGAGAGCUUAAUAGUGGAAAAAUUCGAAGUGGAUGUUAAGACUUGAAGGAGAAUUGAAUACUACUGAUAUUGAAGCAAGAGUUUUAGAAACAGAGACAUUAAGAACUUCCAAUAUUUAAUCCAACGUUUAUAUUAAAGGCAAAGUUGAGUUGAGGUAGCAAAAUCAAAUAGCUAAAAUUAAUACAAUCUUGGAAGUUAUCUAACAUGAAGAAAAAAUAGCACUAAUUCCAUCAUUUGAGCAAGUUUCGUAGAUUUCGCAAGAACUUGAUAUCAAAUUACCUCCAAAAACUGAUCACAUAUAUGUAAGGGGUAGAUUGGACUAUUACAAUGAUAUUCCAGGUCUAGCAUACAUUAAAUUAGCCGAUUCUAAUGUUUAUAUAUGGCUUUACCCUCUUGAAAACACUGAUAAUAUUUGUACUGAGAACAAGGAGAAAUUAAAAUAAUUAGAGUUGCUUCCCUAUAAUAAGCAAAAUGCUUAGAUAAAUUCAAAAGUUGACUUAUCUGAGAUAAAGUCAUUAGAUGGAAGUUUGAGGCUUGAAUUCGGUAUCAGUUUUAAUAAGGCAUGCUACGGAUUGAUUAAUAAGUUGCAUGUAGAUAAGAAUAUCAAUGCUUUUGAAUUCAGAGAUAUCAAUAUUGUUCAAACUUAGUGA